AAGCUAUAAGAUGAGUAGGCAACCUAGUUUUCACUUUCAGUUUCAAUUAAACUAAGUCAAGUGUUAAAAAUGAGCUCAAUUUGACUGACUGGGUGUGUGUGUGGCUUCCCAUAUGUUAGCGCUAAGGUUACUGAUAAGUUUCCGUGGAUUAUCACACCUUCCUAUAUUCUGUUCGCUUAUCAUUCUACUCCAAAUUUGUAUAUAAAACCGAAUGUAGCUUCCUCAGUUAAGAAAGAAGUUUUUACAUUGACAAUGUGGUUGGGAAUAGUUACACUGACGCUAGCAGCAAUUACGGUAGCUGUAGAAGGGGCUUGUCUUCAAUCGUCCUUUAAAUCAGACAAACCGAAAUUAGAUGGUAGAAUUGUUGGCGGAUAUGAAAUUAAAAUAACUGACGCUCCUCAUCAAGUGUCCUUACAGACUUCCUCACAUAUUUGUGGUGGGUCGAUAAUAUCACCGAAAUGGGUUUUAACAGCAGCCCAUUGUACAGCUGGAAAGACUGCAGAACGUUUCAAAAUACGCCUGGGUUCAUCAGAAACUAACAAAGGUGGCAAAAUAUUGACCGUAAUGAAACUUGUUCAGCAUGAGAAAUUUAACUACUCCUCGGUAGAUUACGACUUUUCACUUCUUGAACUCUCCGAAGAAAUCGAGUUUGAUGAAACAAUGAAAGCUGUGAGUCUUCCCGAAACCGAAGAAGCAUUCAUGGAUGGUGACAUGUGUCGUGUCAGUGGCUGGGGAAACACUCAAAAUGAAAACGAGUCCCGAACUUCCUUGCGUGAAGCUGAAGUGCCAAUCUUCAAUCAUGAAUUGUGUUCAGAGAAAUACAAAAAGUUCGGUGGUGUAACUGACCGAAUGUUGUGUGCAGGCUUCAUUGAAGGCGGCAAGGAUGCAUGUCAAGGCGAUUCAGGAGGACCUCUUGUCAACCAAGGAGGCACCUUAGUUGGGGUUGUUUCAUGGGGCUAUGGCUGUGCUCGACCUGAUUAUCCAGGAGUUUAUUCAAAAGUUGCAGCCGCAAGAGAUUGGAUUCGCGAACAUAGUGGGAUUUGAACGUGCUUCAAGGAGACAAUAAAUAUA